AUGGCGACCGAUUGUGAGCCAUCUUGCGUGGCUUACCACGCCAAGAAAGAGCCCAACAACCAACUAAGAAUUCCUGCACCCGAAGAUGGAGGAAUUGAAACACAGCGCUUGCAAGCCGACAGCCUGUACGGCUCCUUGAAUCCCCUGAAGACAUGGCAGAUUCGCAUUCUCGAGUUACGGCCCCGAUCUGAGCAGUCUGGCUUGGUUGGACGGCUGUUCAACGCAGCGAUGCUCGACGGAGGAGGCAUUGUCGAUCUCGAAACAAAGACAUGGCGUGAUUUCUUCGCGAUCUCCUACUUUUGGGGUGAGGACCAAACCCCGAGAUUCCGAAUGGACUGCAGCGGUCUACCAUACCUCUUGCAAAUCGAGGCGUAUCGAGCACUGAUACGAGUACGUGAUGAAGCUUCGCCGGUGUAUUUGUGGAUUGAUACGUUGUGUAUUAAUCAGCACGAUGUCCAAGAGAAGUCGGUUCAGGUGGCGAAGAUGCGGUCUAUUUAUCACAGCGCUGCGUGGGUUCUGGCGUACCUCGGCGAGCCUGAGGCCUGUGCUGAUGAUAGCGGCCUAGACGGAGAGGCUGUGGAUUUCGUUUUUGGCCUUCUGAACGACUACGAGGACUUCCAUCGCCUCAAGCCUAGCGAACAGGCGGCAGGCAGCUGUACGGUGACUGAACGCUUAAAAGGCUGCGACACAUCAGAGUGGCCGUUUUGUGACCGACAUGCUACUUUACUGGAGCGAGGAGUUCAUGUGUAA